CUUUGCUUUGUCUCCAGUGAACAGGGUUGCUUCAAUAGUCUAUAUAUAUUUUUUCUAAAAUUAACGGUGUUUUAUCUCCGGGACGACGUGCCAAGAACUACACGUGUCUCAGUCGUUCAAGAAAUGACGACAGAGUACAGAAGGUAAAAUGAGUAAGGCCUCAGCUGAAUCUACAGACCAAGUGAUGGAGGAGGAAGUAGGUCAGCCUCCGAUUACAGACCAGAUGGAGGAGGAGGAGGAGGCUGGGAGCUCAACAGAGACUGAGAGACCCUCCUCUUCUCACACCAAGAGGAAGCCUGCUGCCGCAGCCAAGCAAGUUGGAGGGAAUGAGUCAGACACCUCGGACGAGAGUGGACAGGAAGAUGGCGCCUCAGAUGGGAUGUUGGUUGUGCAGCCUCCCGCUGGGACUGACAACAAGGAGGACAAGAGCAGAGGAGCCAUGAAGCUCCGAGUGGACCUCUCACGGAGAAAGACAGGUAAAAUGAGUAAGGCCUCAGCUGAAUCUACAGACCAAGUGAUGGAGGAGGAAGUAGGUCAGCCUCCGAUUACAGACCAGAUGGAGGAGGAGGAGGAGGCUGGGAGCUCAACAGAGACUGAGAGACCCUCCUCUUCUCACACCAAGAGGAAGCCUGCUGCCGCAGCCAAGCAAGUUGGAGGGAAUGAGUCAGACACCUCGGACGAGAGUGGACAGGAAGAUGGCGCCUCAGAUGGGAUGUUGGUUGUGCAGCCUCCCGCUGGGACUGACAACAAGGAGGACAAGAGCAGAGGAGCCAUGAAGCUCCGAGUGGACCUCUCACGGAGAAAGACAGAUACCACUCUGCAGGAGAGAAUAGACUGCACCGCCUGUGGACAGCAGGUCAACCACUUCCAACGCCACUCAGUGUUUGAGCACCCCAUGCUCCAUGUGCUCCUCUGCAAGUCGUGCUAUAAGUAUUACACCAGCGAUGACAUCAACAAAGACGAGGACGGCAUGGACGAACAGUGCAGGUGGUGUGCUGAAGGGGGCAACCUGAUCUGCUGUGACUACUGCCACAACGCCUUCUGUAAGAAGUGCAUCCUGCGUAACCUGGGGCGCAAGGAGCUGUCCAUGAUCACCGACGACGACAGUAAAUGGUCCUGCUAUAUCUGCAGCCCUCAGCCCCUCUCAGACAUCGCCUCCAACUGCUCCAACAUCAUGACCAAGCUGGAGAGCUUCUGGCGUACGGGACGCAAGAAAGAGAGGGAGGUGAAAGGGCACAGUAAGGGUAAAGGUCACCACCACCAUGGUAAAGCUGUGGUGAACGGUAAGGAGCAUUCAGACGGGUCAGGGACCCUCACCUUCUCCUAUAAGACCCUGAAAGUCCCCAAGGAGCUGGUGAAGAGGACCAAGAAGCUGAUUGAGACGACCACAGGGCUCAACAACACCUUCAUCCAUUUCAUCCAGCAGGCUGAGGAGGAGCAGGGAGCAGGAGGUGGCAGCGGGACCAGACACAGACACCUCAAGGCCUUCAGGUCUGUUCUGGCUGACCUGAAGAAGGCCCAUGCUGCCCUAGAGAAGGACUUGGAGUCACAGUUCACUUCCCAGGGCCAGGGGAUGCAGAACGGGGAUGCUGUUUCCAACACCGACGGCCAUGACGGCCACGAUCAGAUAGACAAUGGGCAAGAGGCAGAAGAGGACAAAAUGGCCGACACGGAGGAUGGGGGUGUGUCAGAGGACACAGAGAUGGAGGGGAGCCCCACCCCCACGCCUCAGGACCACUCAGAGACAGACAGCCAGGCUAAAGACCAGACAGCGGUGAAAAUGGAGGAGGAGGAGGAGGAUGGAACAGAGGAAGAGGCUGAUCGGGAUAAAGACAUCGUGUCCGUCGGGCCGUCCGUCCCUGACGAGCUCUUCCAGAUGGUCAAGAGUCUAGCGGACUCCACAGGGUUAACGCCCGGUAACGACGCCACGGAACUCACAGCGGCUAGCCAAUCAGAGAAUCCCGCCACUGGCUCAACCAGGAAGUCACAUGACACCCAGAAGGAGAAGGCCAUGCCCAAGGUUAAGAACCUGAUCCUGAAACUGACGCCUGUUCCCAUGGUUACCACACGCGCCUCCAGGUCUAAGAGCAAGGAUAAGGAUGGAGGGAAGGAGAGGAGUAAGGAUGGAGGGAAGGAGAGGAGUAAGGAUGGAGGGAAGGAGAGGAGUAAGGAUGGAGGGAAGGAGAGGAGUAAGGAUGGAGGCGAGGAGAAGAGCCCCAGCAAGCUGAAGAGGAGAACCAAGGGCAGCUCCGAGAAGGAACGGGGGAACGAGGAGGAGAAGGAACGGAAAGAGAGCAAGGCCUCCUCCAUGCUGACCUCUGACCCUUCUAAACAGGACGUGGACUCAGAUUCUGACGAGGUUCCAGACAUCCUGGUCCAGACUGCAGCGGCGGAACACAGCUCGGACGAGGAUGUGCAGCAGGACGCCGACAGUAACCAGGGCAACAAGCGCGUGGGAGAGGAGGUGGGAGAGGAGGUGGGAGAGAAGGACAAGGAGAAGACUGACAAGAAGCCGGCAACCAAACGCAAACUGAAAGCCGACGACUCCGACAACUCAGAGUCUGACUCCGAUGAAUACGCGAAGAAGAAAAAGAAGUCCUCCACGGCUUCUGCCAAAAAGACAUCCAAGAAGAAGAAGAAGGACUCGGGCGGCUCCUCUAACUCCGACUCUGACCUGGAGAAGGAGAUGAAGGGACUCAGCAAACUGGGGACGGGAAAACGGAGGAGCAGCCGUGUGAAGAAAGAAAGAGAGGAGAAGGAGAACAAGGGCGGGGAUCGGAGGCGGUCGUACGAACUGAAACGCAAAGCCAGAGGUAGAGGAGCCAAGCAACAAGAUUCAUCGUCUGAUGACGUGGAGGAGGAGGAGGAGGAGGGAGGAGGGUCUGGAGAGGAGAGUGGAGACCAGCAGAAGAUUAAACCCAUCGUGGAGGAGACGGUGGUAGCAGGGAGGGGAACCUUCCACCAGUCCUCAGGAGAAGAAGGUAACCAGGACGCUUCUCAGAUGGCUGUUGAUGAUGAUGAUGAUGAUCCAGAGAACAGAAUUGCCAAGAAGAUGCUGCUGGCCCAGAUCAAGGCCAACUACUCUUCAGGAGCAGAGGAGAGCUCUGACGAGGACGGAGACGAGAAGGAACAGAGGAAGGGAGGAGAGGAGGAGGAGGAGGAGGAUGACAACGAGGAGGAGGAGGAGGAAGGGGACUCUGGCUCUGACGUGGAUGUGAAGAAGAGUGGGGGGCGUCGCCACCGGCUGCUCCGCCACAAACUGACGCUGAGCGAGGGAGAGUCAGGAGAGGAGAAGGAGAAACCAGCCAGCAAAGGGAAGAAGGAGACCAAGAGGACCAGACGGAAAGUGGGUAGUGAUGACUCAGCAGACUUAGACUCUGAGGAGUCCGCUAGCAGCAGUGAGUCAGGAGUUAGUGAAGAGAUCAGUGAGGAGUCAGAGGAGGAGUCAGAGGAGGAGUCAGAGGAGGGCAGCAGUCGCAGGAGGACCACGCGCUCCUCCAAGAAGAAGAAGAAGAAGAAGGAGGAGAGGAGCUACGCCCAGAAGAAGAAACGACGCCGCAUCAAGGUCCAGGACUCUUCAUCCGACGAGAAGAGCGGGUCAGGAGAGGACGGCUCAGGGAAGGAGGAUGGAGACACACCUAAAGGACAGAGGAAGAAGAUCAGAAAAAUCCUCAAGGACGACAAGCUGAGGACGGAAACGAGGGAUGCCCUGAAGGAGGAGGAGGAGAGGAGGAGACGCAUCUCGGAGAGGGAGCAGCUCAGGGAGAAACUCAGAGAGGUACUCGUGGUGGAGGAGGCGUCCGCCGUGGCUUGUCCAAUCACAACCAAGCUGGUGUUGGAUGAAGACGAGGAGACCAAGGAGCCCAUGGUGCAGGUCCACCGCAAUCUGGUCACUAAACUCAAACCACACCAGGUCGACGGGGUCCAGUUCAUGUGGGACUGCUGUUGUGAGUCGGUGAAGAAAACCAACAAGAACUCUGGUUCGGGAUGUAUCCUGGCUCACUGUAUGGGCCUGGGGAAAACACUGCAGGUGGUAACCCUACUCCACACACUACUGCUGUGUGAAAAGUUAGACUUUUCCACGGCUCUGAUCGUCUGUCCUCUCAACACGGUUCUCAACUGGCUCAAUGAGUUUGAGAAGUGGCAGUACGGCUUCAAGGAUGAGGAGAGUUUAGAGGUGACGGAGCUGGCCACGGUGAAGCGACCUCAGGAGAGAGCGGCUGCUCUGCAGCAGUGGCAGGAGGAUGGGGGGAUCAUGAUCAUUGGCUAUGAGAUGUACCGUAACCUCACACAGGGUAGAAACAUCAAGAGCAAGAAACUCAAAGAGACCUUCCAGAAGACCCUGGUUGACCCAGGCCCAGACUUUGUGAUCUGUGAUGAGGGCCACAUCUUGAAGAACGAGGCGUCGGCCAUCUCUAAAGCCAUGAACUCCAUCAAGACCCGACGGAGAGUGGUGCUCACCGGCACACCACUGCAGAACAACCUCAUAGAGUACCACUGCAUGGUGAACUUCAUCAAGGAGAACCUGCUGGGGUCAGUGAAAGAGUUCAGAAACCGCUUCGUCAACCCCAUCCAGAACGGGCAGGCAGCAGACUCCACGGACCAGGACGUACGGAUCAUGAAGAAGAGGGCUCACAUCCUCUACGAGAUGCUCAAUGGAUGUGUACAGAGAAGAGACUACUCUGCCCUGACCAAGUUCCUGCCUCCUAAACAUGAGUACGUUGUGUCCGUCAGAGUCACACCCAUCCAGUGUACUCUAUACCGACACUACCUGGAGCACUUAACAGGUGCGGGGAACGCGGUGGAGGGGGGUCGGGGUCGAGCCGGGACCAAACUGUUCCAGGACUUCCAGAUGCUUAGCAGAAUCUGGACCCAUCCCUGGUGCCUGCAGCUGGACUACAUCAGCAAAGAAAACAAGGGGUACUUUGACGAAGACAGCAUGGAAGAGUUCAUCGCCUCGGAGACCGAUGAGUCUUCUAUGAGCAUGACCUCUGAAGACGAGAAACAGAAAAAGUAACCACAUAAGAAGCGGGGGAAAGCCAGGAAGAAGGACAGCGACUCAGACAGUGAUGCUCUGGAGGUGAUAAAGGAAUGGAACACCAGCUCCCGCGGAGGAGACCCUUCCAGCCGCAACCGGGCGGAGCCAGAGGAGGAAGUGCGUCCAGCCUCCAGCCCUGGCACCAGGAGUCCCGACUGGCACAAAGAGUUUGUUACGGAGGCCGACUCUGAGAUCCUGGAGCAUUCUGGGAAGAUGGUGCUGCUGUUUGAGAUCCUCCGUAUGGCCGAGGAGGUGGAGGACAAAGUUCUGGUGUUCAGUCAGUCUCUGAUCUCUCUGGACCUGAUUGAAGACUUCCUGGAGCUGGCUGGCCGAGCCAAAGAGGAGGAGAAACAGUCUCCCUACAAAGGUGAGGGGAAGUGGUUCCGGAACAUAGACUACUACCGCUUGGACGGCUCCACCAACGCCCUGAACCGGAAGAAGUGGGCAGAGGAGUUCAAUGACUACAGCAACGUCCGAGGUCGGUUGUUCCUGAUCUCGACCAGGGCUGGUUCUCUGGGCAUCAACCUGAUAGGAGCUAACCGGGUCAUCAUCUUUGACGCGUCCUGGAACCCGUCGUACGACAUCCAGAGUAUCUUCAGACUCUACCGCUUCGGGCAGCUCAAGACCUGCUAA